AGCACCAGGCAGCAGCCAUAUUGAGUGUUUUAAGAAGAUAUUUCUGGCAUCAGUUUUCAAUCGUUACCAGUCUUAUUGGUGGACAUGACGAUUUUGUGCGUGCUGUGAGAGACCUUGUUCUUGAAAGUAUCGAUUUUAAAUUCAACAUUCUUGACAUCUUCGUUAUAAAAGGAAAGACAAAAGAUGAAAUCGGACAGAACUGGAAUUUUUAAAAAACAGUGACGCUCGGGUUAUUGUUCUUUACGUCACCAAAGAUGAGGGAAGCAGCAUCAUGGGAGCAGCCAAUGAUCUGGGACUUACGGGAAUGAAUUACAUGUGGAUCGCCACUCAAUCUGCAGUAGGGUCAGGAAUUGUGAAAUACGCUCCAAGUGAGUUCCCUACUGGCAUGUUAGCCAUUCACUUCAACGCCAGCACGUUAAAACUUGAAGAUGAAAUGGAGCGAGCCAUUUCGAUAUUUUUUUACGGCUUGGAGCUUUUCGUGAGUGACCAAUCUAACCUUAAUGUGAACUUGUCCCAUAACGUACAAUGUUACGGUCCUGGAGAUACGCAUUGGAGUCGUGGAGAUCUAUUCUACAGGUACCUCCGGAACGUUAGUAUAAAUACGCCACAGGACCAGUCUAAUGUGGAGUUCAAUAUUGAUGGCACCCUGAAGUACGUUAAGCUUGAAGUUGUCAACUUAAACAGAAGAAAAAUGUGGGAGAAGGUCGGUUCUUGGACAGAAGGUGGACUAGAAAUCAAAGAUAUCGUCUGGCCGGGUGACUCCCCAGUGCCACCUCCAGGUGUUCCAGAGAAGUUUAAUUUAAAGAUCACGUUUAUGGAAGAACCACCCUAUGUGAAUAUAUUUCCAAUGGACAGCGAAACAGGAGAGUGUAAAGCCAGUAGAUCCGUCCGAUGUAGAAUUGUUCCUGAUACCCAACUUACAGAGGUUAAUAUGUCUGAAGCAAUCCACGAUCCACGAUACUUUAAGUGCUGUUCUGGAUUCUGUAUAGACCUACUACAGAAUUUCGCCGCUGACCUGGGAUUCACAUACGACUUGUUUCGUGUUUCCGAUGGAACUUGGGGUGUACUAAACAAUGGCAGCUGGAAUGGUCUGAUAGCUGAAGUUAUAAGAGGCAAGGCAGACUUAGUCGUGACCAGCAUUAAGAUCAAUUCGGAUAGACAAACGGCAGUUGAUUUCACGGUGCCCUUUCUGGAGACAGGAAUAACCAUCGCUGUAUCCAAACGCACCGGUAUCGUUUCUCCGAAAGCCUUUCUCGAACCGUUUGAUACAGUCACCUGGCUGUUGAUUCUUCUAGUAAGUAUUCAACUUGCGGCUUUAUUCAUAUUUGCCUUUGAGUGGAUGAGUCCAUCCGGGUAUGACAUGAAGGCGGUCCUCCCUGCAGAUCACAAGUUUUCCCUGUUUCGUACCUACUGGUUAGUGUGGGCUAUUUUGUUCGGUGCUAGCGUCAACGUUAACUGUCCCCGAGGGUACACAGCGAAAUUCAUGUCGAGUGUAUGGGCAAUGUUUGCAGUGGUCUUCCUCGCAUUGUAUACAGCAAAUUUAGCUGCGUUCAUGAUCACCAGGGAAGAGUAUUACGACUUGACUGGAAUUGAUGAUAAACGAGUAAGCAACCCCUGGUUGUCGGAUCCGCCGUUUCGUUUUGGCACUAUUCCUGACGGUAAUACAGAAGCAGUCCUGAAGAAUAAUAAACCUGAAAUGCACAAUUAUAUGAAACCUUUCAACCGCUCGUCAGUAACAGAAGGUGUUAAAGCAGUGAAGAAAGGGGAACUAGACGCCUUCAUCUAUGACGCCACUGUCUUGGAAUACCUAGCAGGACAAGACAAUGAAUGUCGUUUGUUAACUGUUGGCACGUGGUAUGCCACCACUGGCUAUGGUUUUGCUCUACCCAAAACUUCCAAGUAUUUAAGUAUGUUUAACAAAUGGAUGAUACACUACAGAGAAAAUGGAGACCUAGAGCGUCUACAAAGAUUUUGGCUACAGGGGGCUUGCAAACCAAAGAAAAAUAAAAGAAAUGCGACUAAUCCCCUGGACGUCAACCAGUUUAUGAGUGCCUUCCUCCUCCUUGGCUGUGGUGUCCUGUUCACAGUUCUCUUGUUGGGGGUGGAGCACAUAUACUUUAAGUACCUCAGGAAGCACCUAGCCAAAACUGACUCUGGGGGUUGUUUUGCUCUUCUAAGUUUGAGCAUGGGGAAAUCUCUAAGCUUUCGUGGGGCCGUUUUUGAAGCCCAGGAUAGACUGAAACACCACCGGUGUCAUGACCCAGUGUGUGACACGCAACUGUGGAAAGUUCGACAUGAGCUGGACAUGACCCGACUGCAACUUCGGCAACUUGAGAAAAAGCUAAACAAAAGGCCUUCUCCUGUUCAGCUCGGGACUCCAAGAGACUUAACCAGACGACAUCUUCGCACCAACGAAACUCUCCUGUUACGUCCCCCCCACACUGAUUAUGGCAGGUACUUUCGUGAAUCCCUUGGAAGUACCGAAAUUGCUGAAAUCGAAACUGUUUUGUGACUCUGGAGGCUUUAGGGGCGUAACGCAAUGUGCAGGAUAAAAGACGCACAUCCUUCUAAACCUCCUUCAACGUGUCAAAGUAAAAAUAUUAAAGAACUUGAAACAAAUAAUAACUGAAAUGAAUGAAUAUCGUGUCGUGUUUUCUGUGAAGUUAUUUACCAAAGGUACGUGUGACUUUUCUCCUAUUUAUGACGCUACUUUAUACUUGUUGAACAAUAUUUUAUAACUUGCUAUUUUGUUUUGUAAACGUUUCUCAACGAAAUAUUUAGACUGAAAGUGAAUUUCAAUGUCGUUUCCUCGUUCUGCUUGUUCUCUUGAAUUACAAGUGAUUAAGAUGUUACUCAGGAAAUUGUUACUAAGUGUAUUUUGGUCGAUCUUGAAGUAGUUUCAAGUUGAUCCAAAUGUUGUAAACAAUAUGCUCUCUAUUAUUUACGAUAUCCAGUUCGUGUGGAUGGUUAUUUAUAUUGUUAAGAAGUUAAAAGAUCGUUUUCGAGAGUUUUAAAUAAGUUUUUUCAUAAUCAUAGAAACGUACUUCUUUCUGCAAGUAGUUUAUCUUUCACUUACUUCAAAUUUAAUACAAAAAAAAACGCUUUUAUAAAUUAAUUCCAUUUAAAUGUUCUCGCUCUAUCUUCUUGUCUUUAUGAAUAUCAUUCUCUGAAGAAGAGAAACAAAUAAAUGAAUGUAUAAUGAGCCAUUAUGUGGUGCUUUUCUAAACUAGAAACGAUUAGAAAAUAUUCCAAGUAUUUUAGAAAUUGUAAUUGCUAUAAAUAAAUUUUUCUUUUAAACUUU